CCACAAAAGCAACUCUCAUCCACCAACCACUUCCAAAGACAUUAUAUCACCAACAUGUCAGAAACCCGAAAAAGAAAACACCCCGCCAACGAGUCCAGUAUAAAAAGGACCAAAUCGAGUAAAAUGCCGAAAGAAACACCGCCCUCAAAACCGCCAUCACAACCCACGCCAUCACAACCCACGCUAUCCACCACUCCCAGCAAUGACGGCCCCUUUCCCGUAAACUGGCCCAAAUCCCUCCCUUUUCUCACUACCCCCGCCUACUCCCCUCAAAUAACACCCUCCCAACUCUCCCUCCUCCGCACCCUGGAUCCCGACCUCCCCACCAUCCCGGGAUCUUUCCCCCUCGGGCCAGCACCUCACGUCAAAAUAACCCCCAUCACUGAUCCAAAACAUCCCGCCCACGGCCAAUCCGGCCUCUUCGCAACCCAACACCUCCCCCCAGACACCCUCAUCCUCCCCUACCUAGGCCACUACCACCCCGGUUCCGGCCCCGGCCUCCAAGACGAAGAUUACGACUACACCAAAUCAGACUACGACCUCUGGCUAGACCGCGACGCAGAUGUCGCCGUCGACGCAGCCAGAGCUGGCAACGAGGCUAGGUUCGUGAACGAUUACCGCGGUAUACCCUUCACCCCCCCGGAGCCAGUCCCCGGGCAGAAGAAACCACCAAAGCAACAAAAGGGGAAGCCAAACGCCGAGUUCAAAGUCGCGUGGGAUGAGAGGACGGGACAAAAGGUGAUGAGCGUGUGGGUUUUGCCUAGGGGAAAAAAAGGGUUGAAUACCGGGAUCGAGAGGGGGGAGGAGGUGAUGGUGAGUUAUGGGAGGGGUUUUUGGGAGGGACGGAAGCAGGAGGGGGAGGGUGAGAAUUGA